AUGGCAGAGUGGAAUUAUGAUAUGGUGGUAGUCGGAGCCGGCUGGUUCGGCUUGGCAGCUGCCAGGGCCUACAUAGAGACUCAUGCACAUGAGCGCAUCGCCGUGCUGGAGUCAGCCGAGAGCUGUGGAGGCACCUGGUCGGAAGCUCGUCUCUACCCUGGGCUCAAGUCCAACAACAUGGUGGGAUCGUACGAGUAUCCUGAUUUCCCCAUGUCCGAAGACGUCUAUGGCGUCAAAGAGGGCGGCCACAUCCCCGGCGCCGUGCUUCACCGCUACCUGACGGACUUCGCGAAGAAGUACGGUGUGAUGGAGCGCAUUCAAUUCCACACCAAGGUCGACAACGUCGAGGCCCUACGCUCCCCCGAGUCUGAAUCCGGUGAUAUCACGGGUUGGAGACUCACCGUCACCACCACUGUCCCCGACAAGACACAGCGCCAAGUCACCACCAACAAGCUCAUUCUUGCCACCGGCCUCACCUCCACGCCCAACUUUCCCCAAUACUCUGGAGCCGAGGCCUUUGACAGACCGCUUUUCCAUGCCAAGGACUUCUGCCGUCGUGCUGCAGAAUUCGAGACUGCUGAAAAGGCCGUCGUCGUUGGCGGCGCGAAGUCCGCAUACGACGUCGCCUACGCGCUUGUGCAGGCUGGUGCAACGGUUGACCUCGUUAUCCGGCCGAAUGGGCAUGGGCCGGUGUGGAUUUCACCGCGGUUCGUCACGCCGCUGAAGCGAAGGCUGGACACGCUGCUCAAUACGCGAUGUCUAACGUGGUUUAGCCCGUGUCCAUGGGGCGCAGAGGGUGGUCACGCCGGGGCUAUAAAUUUCUUGCACGGGACAAGAGUCGGCAGGCUUUUGGUAGAUUGCUUUUGGAAGGUCUUGCAGGGAGACGUGUUGGGCGCCAUCCGCUAUGAUUCACAUCCAGAAUUGGCCAAAUUGAAGCCGUGGAACCCGGCGUUUUGGAUCGGGAGCGGGCUGAGCAUUCUGAACUAUGACACUCCCCUGUUUGACUUAGUGAAGGACGGCAAGAUUCGGGUACACAUUGAUAACAUCGACCAUCUUGAGCCAGGCAAGGUGGUGCUGUCCUCUGGAGAGAUUCUGGAAGCAGACGGUAUGGUUUGCUCCACGGGCUGGAGGAAGGAAUCAUCCAUCCAGUUCACCGGCCUCGACGACGUUGGUCUCGGUCUGCCACAGGCUCUUGUCGAGGCAGAUAGGCUCAAGCUGAACGCUAAAGCCGAUAGCGAUGUUCUAACAAUGUUCCCACGCCUCAAGGACCAACCUCAGCUGCGCUUUCAACCCAAAGAGGCUGACCCUUUGCGGUAUUACCGCUUUAUCGUACCCUCAACGAUGCUGAAGUCAAGGAACCUGGCCUUUGCCGGCAUGGUCUCGACGGUCAGCACAGCUGUCUGCGCCACAGUCCAGGCGGCUUGGAUCGCAGCAUUCCUUGAUGGUAAGCUAGACAGGAUGGCGAAGACGCCAGAGGAGGUCGUGCAGGAAAUAAUGCUGCACACCCAAUGGGGAAAGUGGCGAUACCCCUGUGGGUACGGGGCAAGUCUGCCGGACUUUGUAUUUGAAGGACUGCCUUAUGCCAAUAUGUUGAUGAGAGAUAUGGGGCUGAGGACGCAUCGGAAGACUUCAUGGAUGAAGGAAUUGGUUGAGCCGUACACACCUCCUGAUUUCGCUGGCAUUUUGGAUGAAUGGAUGGAUGGCCAUCCUGCGAAGGCUUGA